AUGCGUCCAUUCUUUGUUUUGGCUGCCCUCCUGGGUACUGCCCUUGCCGCUCCUUUCCAAACCUCGCCCAUCUUUCGCCGCCAUGAACUUACUCCCAAGGGCUUCAUCAAAGUCAACCCCGGAGGUGCAAAUGAUGUGUCCAUGACCGAUGAAAAUAUGCUCAAUGGAACAUAUCCCAGGAACAAAACACAUGUCUUGACGCAUCGCGCCGCUGAACCCGCCACCUUGCCUCUUAAGCUUGUCAACAACUUUUCCGGCGGAAACGUCAGGGCAUACAUCUCUGGCUUGGAUUCUGAUGGGACGGUUGUUUUUAUCGGUGCUGAUGGAGGUCUUGUCUAUCCUCGCUCUGGAGGCUCCAAGAUUCCCGUGGAGAUCACAGAUAAUAUUGCUAUCCCUCUGCCGCCUCAGGGCGAGACACUCGACUUUACCAUUCCCAUCUCGAUGAGCUCCGGCCGCAUAUACUUUGCAGAUGACGAUCUGCACUUCUUCAUGGUUGACAUUGGAAACGGCGAUGGCUUGGUUCAACCCUCCACAAACAACUUGCAAGAUCCCAGCGCGGGCGUCAACUGGGGAUUUGUAGAGCUCACUUAUACCAACGGCGUGCUCUAUGCCAACAUUAGCUACGUGGACUUUGUCGGUAUUGUCCUUGGUAUGAUGCUCUCUUUGACAGACGGAAGCACUCAGACCACUGCUGGUCUUGUUGCCGACGCUGCUUCCAAGAUCUGCGACGACAUGGUCAAGCAGAAGGACGCCGACGGCCGAGCCUGGACUUUUCUGUGCAUCGCCAAUGCUCUUGGAGAUCCGAUUCGCGUCAUAUCACCUGGAAACCAAUACGAUCUUGAACCCAUCACUUUCGAAGAUUACUGGACUUCCUACGUCGACGAGGUCUGGAACAAGUACUCGACUCAAGCCCUCACGAUCAAUACCCAGACCGAAGCUGGAAGUGUCAGCUGCCGAGUCUCGGGUGAAGAACUCGUCUGCGAUGGCGACAACCGCGGAUACGCUAAGCCCAACACCAAGGAUAUCUGGGGUUGCAACAGCGGUCCCUUUGCCAUCAUCGAGGGCGACAAUGCCAUUCACACUGCCGUUGUCCCUCGACUCUGUGCUGCCUUUGUUCGCUCCACCCUCUUAGUCGACGGUGGCGAUGUGCAACCGAGCCUGGGAGCCGACUCUUACUACAAGAACGAUCCUACAAACCACUACAGCCGCAUCGUGCACUCUUACGAGGUCGACGGCAGAGGCUAUGCCUUCCCUUACGAUGACGUUAACCCAGAUGGCAACGAGAACGCCUCUGGUGUUGUCUCGGGUACACCUAACACUUUGACCAUCUACGUUGGUGCUCCGCCAUCUUAA